GUAGAAUGUAGACUCGUAACAGAGAGGCUGACGCAACGUGUUUCACCAUCCAACUCGUGUGGUUCUCUCGGCAAGGCUUUCGUCCGAAAGGUCCGUAAGUAGAAUUUAAAAUAAAAAAAUAAAAGAAAAAAAAUUACCCCUGUUUGUAGAGAGAGAGAAGAGAGAGAAGAGAGCACAAUGGGUAAGGUAGUGGAGAAGAAGAAGAAGAAGAAAGGACGACCCUCUCUUUUAGAUCUCCAAAAGCGAAAUCUUAGACGACAACAACAACAGCAGGAGCAGCAACAGCAAAAGCGAAACCCUAAUUCUAAUCCCUAUUUGAAUUCGAAUUACAGAAAACCAAUCGUCCCCAACCCUAACCCUAAUCGUCGAUUCACUCGCCGUAACCCUUACCCUGACGGAAUCUCCGUGGCAGUCUCGGAAGGAGCCGCCGAUGCCGGAGAUGACGAUGACGAUGACGAUGACAAUGAUGAUGAAGAAGACGAAGAUUCUAACGAAGAUUCUAACGGUAAGCGCAGGGAGAAGAAGCUCAAGCUUGUCCUUCGACUGCCUUCAAAUCAGCAACACCGGUCUUCUUUGAAUUCUUCCUUGAAUUCUGGUUCUUAUGGCUCUGAUUCGUACGUGGAGGAUGAGAAAUCGGAGACGGCGGACAAGAAGAGGAGGAUUAAUGCCGUUGCUGACGGAUCUGGCCCCGGCGAUGCUGAAAAGGAAGAAAAAACGAAGUCUGCCUCAAAAGGGGAAGAGUCAGAGUUACGGUUGGAGCCGGGACCCACAACAUCUUUACCGGACAAAAAGUUGCUGUUGUUCAUCAUCGACAGGCUUCAAAAGAAGGACACAUAUGGAGUGUUUUCUGAUCCGGUGGAUCCAAACGAACUGCCAGAUUACCAUGAAAUCAUAGAGCAUCCAAUGGAUUUUGGAACUGUCAGGAUGAAAUUGGCUGGAGGGGCUUAUACAAGCUUGGAACAAUUUGAGAAAGAUAUCUUCUUGAUCUGUUCAAAUGCGAUGAGAUAUAAUUCACCAGAUACCAUUUACUACCGACAGGCACGCUCCAUGCAAGAGCUGGCUAAAAAGGAUUUUGAGAAUUUGAGGCAAGAUAGUGAAGAUAAUGAGCCAGAACCCAGAGUAGUGAGGAGAGGUAGACCACCGACCAAACAUCUGAAAAAGCCACCAGGAAGGCCUAAUUUUGAGCGUGCUGGCUCUGAGUUUUCUUCUGAUGCUACUCUUGCUACUGCGGGAGACUGUGCCAUCUGGAGUAACUCUCAUGAUCAAAGAAAAGGAUCUCUUCCAGAUAGGUCUGGGAUUUCUGAUGGAUCAGGGAGGACUUUCCAUGGGUCUCGGAACACUGAAGCAUAUACUAGUUGGUUGGCUGAGAGGAAGUCUGAGAAGAAUGAUGAAUUAUCAGGUUCUGGGUUGAAAGGUAUGUCAGUGAAGUAUGGGAAGAAACAGUUUGUUUUAGAUGAAAACAGGCGCAACACCUACAAGCAAUUCCAUCCAUUGGCUGUUGGUUGCAAGCCAUCAGUGUUUAAUGCCUAUGAUGGGGAACCAAAGCAGCUAAUGACUGUGGGGCUUCAGGCAGAAUAUGGCUACGCAAGGAGCCUAGCUCGCUUUGCUGCAAAUCUUGGGCCUGUUGCUUGGAAAAUUGCCUCCCAGAAGAUUGAAAGGGCAUUGCCAGCUGGACUGAAUUUUGGUCCUGGUUGGGUAGGAGAAAAUGAUGCCACACAGCUAUGGCCAUGGCCGCAGCCACAACCUCGCGUACAAGCAACAUCACCUGCACAUCUGCUACCACAGCCCUCUCCCCUACCUAAUAUCUCAACGUCAGCUGCAACCUCAAAUGAAGUUGAGCCUAAAGGAGAUGGAACAUCAGAAAAGAAUUCUUCAAAGAACUCUUUGUCAGAUGUCAUUGAUAGCAAGCAUCCACUUCCAUCUACUGCCACUUCUACAGUCAAGAUUAGAACUCCUGAACCAACUACAGCAGGAGGAGAAGCUGCUAGAGGAUUGAAUUAUGGCGGUGGAUUUAGCUUACUAAAUAGCAGUGUUGGGGCAAUCAGGCCUAGACCUCCCUUUCAACUUCAUCAGAGUCCCCUAAUCCACAAUACUAUGAAUGGUUUUAGUAGUGGAUUUGGGUUUAACCUUUCACCUCCGAUGGGGAAACUGGCAAGGACAGGUAGGCUGGCCGGGAACUUUGGUUCAGAGGCUGCAAUGGCUUCAGGAACACUUGGAACAGAUGUCAGAAGCAACAUGCAUCCAAAGCCUGUUGGCCAUGCAGAAUCAGAAUCGGACAAGUUGGGGGCUACAAAUACUAAAAAUUCUGGGGGUGUACUGCCAGUUUCCUGCCAAGAAUCGCAGUUAGUACCUGGAGUGGGGCAGCGUCACUCAUCAUGGGGGGGAUUGUCAGUGCACCAGAAAAUUGAUUCGGUUCCGCCUGACCUGAAUGUUAGGUUCCAGUCACCAGGGUCUCCAAGUUCCAGUAUGCCGGUUGAUUCACCGCAGCCAGAUCUAGCAUUGCAGCUCUGAGGAUCAUUCAGUUAAUUCUUAUUUUUUUGAUGUUUUUGACGUUUAGUUGGAGUUGGAGCUCCUGGGAAUGGAAGAGGCGUAGAAGCUCUCACUCUCUCUCUAGAUAAGUUUGUAGAACAUGGUCGCAAGCAAUUGUUGUAAAAGAGUAGGGGGAGGGAGGAGGUUUGUACAGAUUAAUGUAUUCUAAUCUAUUGGAUCAAAAUUUAACAGAGGAAAAGCGCAAGAAAAAGAAAAAAGUUCCAUUUGUAUUA